GCGAGUAUAUCAGCGCGGCCUGCCGAGCUCGAUCGCCUGCCUGCUCGCUUUCUCAGUGUUGAUCGUAGCGUUCGGUGUCGUCGAGCGCCAGAGACGUCUCACCGAAGUCAACAUAUUAUCCGCAGUUCGAUUCAAAAAUGGCCACGAGCGAUAACGACGGUCCUCUGCGAGAUUUGAUCAGUCGUUUGGAGAGCGUGGAAGAGGGUGAAAAAAGACGCGAAGAUUUUUGCUUCAUAUUCAGUCAUUGGUACCGUUUCAGAAACGCAGAAUUGAACGAUCGAGUCGUGAUAGAGUUGAUGAACUGCCGGAGAUUGUUUCCCAGUGUCGAGGAUAAGAGUUAUUUCUUGAAGCACGCUUUGCACGAACGCGCCGAGGAAAUGAUAGAACUGCUCGAGAACAGCGGACUCGACAUACACGAGGCUAGAUUCGAAGAUGGAGAGUCCGCCGUUCAUUAUUUGGCCGACGAAUUAUAUUGGAUAAACGAUACGAGUACCGAUCCAAAAGGAAAAGUUCUGAAGCUCAUGGAAUAUUUUUUGGAGAACCCGGUGAGAAAUUACGCGGACGAGGACGGUUACACGUAUCUCCACGCGGCCUGCAUGUCGGGCAACGUGCAGGCAGCGAAUCUACUCCUGAGCCAAGGCGUGGACGUCAAUCUCGACACGUACGUGUGUUCGCCGUUGCACAUCGCAGCCCGGUACAGACAUCCACGCGUCGUGGAGCUUUUAUUGAUGCGCGGGGCCGAUCCAAACAAGCUGGACGCGGGGCAGUCGACGCCUCUUCACGCACUCACGAGGCUGUGUCUUUGCGAAUGCACCAACGGAGUCCAGUUCUGCGACAAGAGAAAACCAGUCGAUGAAAUAAUUCAAACGCUAAUUGAGUAUGGAGCGAACAUCGAAGCUCCAAAUCGUUAUGGUGAUAGUCCUCUGCAUUUGGCGGUCUCUCGUUUCGAUGUGCAGCUUGUCGAGUCGCUUCUGGCACACGGCGCGAGUCUUGACAAUUUGUGCGAGUAUAGAAUGUUCGGCGCAGAGUUCAGAUCGAUCGAAUUAGCAAACUAUCCCCUCACUCUCAACAUCAUCGAGAUGGUACAAUUAUUGCAGUCGGCAGGAUUUAAGAUGAGCUUGUACACAAGACUCAGGAUGAUUAAAUUUUGGUUGAGCAUCCGAGAAGAUGAUACCCAGCAUCUGAGGCCCGAAUUAGAUGAGUCUAUUCGAGACCCCAUCGUUGCUCUUAAGCCAAUUGUGUACAACUCGUUUAUUUUUGAUACUUUGAGUAUUUAUAAGAGUCAAGAAGUUAUGAAUUUCUUUCAACGAACACAAGAGAGUUGUGCAGACAUCUGGAACUCUUGUCACGCUACUCGUGGUUUCGUUGACACUUGCAACCAACAGUUUGCGAGCACAAAAACGAUUAUGCUAACAAAGGACGUCUCGCUGUAUAAACUUUGUCAAAUGAGCUACGGUGAAGGUUACUCUAAAUUAAAAAAUAUGGAGAAUUGGUGUAUCCCACCAAUCAAUAAUUUAUCUUGUACUGAGAUAAACCUGAUUGUAAAGAGACACGUAGCGAACAUUUUCAUAAGACCACAGUUGAAAUUAUGCGUAGCCGAUCUUUUUAUGGAAGAUUACAGCCAAUUGCAUCUACCUUAUGUCACUGUCCGCCGAGUUGUCGAAUACAUGAGUUACGAGGAAUUAGUGCGUUUGUGCCGUCAGGCGUGAUGGAACACAGCGAACAUAAAGUCUAAGCGCUCAUACGUAUACCUGUAAAUAAAAUGUAUAAAUAAUACGUAUAAUUAAGCACGAUGUAUAGUGACAUUGCACUCGAUCAACUACAGAUUUAUUAUACUUUAAUUAAAGUAUGAAAGAACGAGAGAAGUCGCGUUGUCAAGGCAGUGAAAUAAAAAUGCAUAGGUCCUAUGGACUUAUUUAAAUUUUGUAAAUGAUUGGCAUAAUCAUAAAUGAUUACAUUAUAAUGUAACAUCUAAUCAAUUUAUUACUUAAUUUGAACAAAGUAAAUUCAAUGAAGUUGUAUAAUAAAUUAAUGCCUUGCAACGAGAA